AUGGAUUCAUUACGUGAACAAGUAAUGAUAAAUCAAUUUGUGUUAGCUGCUGGUUGUGCUCGAGAACAAGCUAAACAAUUACUGCAGGCAGCUCAUUGGCAGUUUGAGACCGCACUUUCAAUAUUCUUCCAAGAAGUUGCUAUACCGUCAGCAAAUGGUAUUGCAACACAGCAUUAUCCGCAGCAGUUGAUGACUCCAUGCAACACACCGGCAACUCCGCCAAAUUUCCCAGAUGCUUUAGCAGCCUUUUCACGGCUAUCAACUACAGGAAGCCCUAGCAACACAGGUGGCGGCGGCGUCAGCGGCCUGGCGCCGCCUGUCUCGCCGCUCGCCACGCACCCUCCAGCACAACCUAACACAUUCUCCACUGCAAAUCAGCAGACUAAUAAUUAUACACCGCUUUCUUGCUCAACUGCGGUGUGCAGAGAACACAUGCCAAGAUAA